CAGAGCGGCUGCGCGCUGGGAUCGCUAUGGCUACCGAGGGGGAUGUGGAACUGGAGUUGGAGACUGAGACCAGUGGUCCGGAGCGGCCUCCAGAAAAGCCUCGGAAGCAUGAUAGUGGCGCAGCGGACCUGGAGCGAGUCACCGACUAUGCGGAGGAGAAGGAGAUCCAGAGUUCCAACCUGGAGACGGCCAUGUCCGUGAUUGGAGACAGACGAUCCCGGGAACAGAAAGCCAAACAGGAGCGGGAGAAGGAACUAGCAAAAGUCACCAUCAAGAAAGAAGAUCUGGAGCUGAUAAUGACCGAGAUGGAGAUCUCCAGAGCAGCAGCUGAGCGGAGCUUGCGGGAGCACAUGGGCAAUGUGGUGGAGGCUCUUAUUGCACUAACCAACUGAUCUGUGGAUGUCACUGGAUUAAUUUAUUGCAAUAAAGAUGCUUUUGGCUUAUUA